AUGCAGAGACCAAACCUCAACAGAGAACAGAACGCCCCAAUGUCCAAGAUCGCUGUCUCUGCUGCCUUGAGAGAAUUGAGAUUCCACUUGUCCCAGACAGGUGAGGCUUCUAAGCCUUUGAGAACCUUCUUGGUCAAGAACUACCCUGCCCUCAAGACCUCCACAGACUACAAAUUGCCAAUUUUGAUCAGAGAAGCCUUUGGUGUUCCUCCAAGUGUCACUGCCAGAUUCGAGAAGGGCAGAGAGGUGAAGAACAACUUGGACGGCUUGAAGGAGUCCGAAAUUGAGGCUGCUGUCAAGUCUUUGAUCAAGUAA